GUAAUGAGCAGUCGUAGGUUGGGAUCAAGCAGAAGCGUAGUCGAGAACAAGCCAAGGUCAGUAAUGAGCAAUCACAGGUUGGGAACAGGCAGAAGUGUGGUCAGUAAACAAGCCAAGGUCAGUAAUGAGCAAUCACAGGUUGGGAUCAGGCAGAAGCCUAGUCAGUAAACAAGCCAAGGUCAGUAAUGAGCAAUCACAGGUUGGGAUCAGGCAGAAGCGUAGUCGAGAACAAGCCAAGGUCGGUAAUGAGCAGUCGCAGGUUGGGAUCAGGCAGAAGCGUAGUCGAGAACAAGCCAAGGUCGGUAAUGAGCAGUCGCAGGUUGGGAUCAGGCAGAAGCGUAGUCGAGAACAAGCCAAGGUCGGUAAUGAGCAGUUGCAGGUUGGGAUCUGACAGAAGCGUAGUCAGUAAACAAGCCAAGGUCAGUAAUGAGCAGUCGCAGGUUGGGAUCAGGCUGAAGCGUAGUCGAGAACAAGCCAAGGUCAGUAAUGAGCAGUCGCAGGUUGGGAUCAGGCAAUUAGCGAGAUACUGGCUGGAGAGCACAAUAAUCUGGCAAACAGGAAGUGCAGAGACAUGGCUUAUAUCAAGAAGUUCAUGGGAGCAGCAAGGGGUUCAAGGUUCAUGGAAAACAAGGUAAAGGUAGGAUCAUCCAAAUAAUUGUCAAGAGAGCUGUCCAGCAUUCCAGGUGGUUCAGCAAGAAGAACACUGCCAGUCACUGCAGAAGGCCCAGGUUUUGACCCAGGCUCUGAGAAUAAGGCAACAUGGUAGGGUACGAGUCAGAGGU